AAAAAAACUUAAACCCUACCAAAGCACCAAACCUCGUGACCUCGCCGGAAGCCGCGCCGCCCCAGCCGCCGCCAUGCCACCGAAGGCCAAGAAGAAGCAGUCCGCGGCGUCGCCGCAGCCGUCCCCUCGCACCCCUGCAUCCCGCGGCCGCGAAGGUGGAAGCGUCGCCGCGGGCGGCGGCGACGGAGGAGGAACUCUCGACCUCCCGUCCGUCGCCGCGGCGGCGGCGGCGCGGCACCCGGCGCUCGUGCCCCGUGGCGGCGAGGGGUGCUUCUCCGGGACCGUCGCGGAAGUGGCCCCCAGGGGCAGGAGCCGCGGCGGGGAGGCGAGGCUCUGGCUCUCCGAGCCCGCCAUGGUCGGCGCCGCGCUGCGGCCUGGGUGCCUCGUCUCCGUAUCUCUCAUUUCUUCAAAUAGGGGUCGAUCAGAUGGUUCACCACUUGAUAGUUUAUUUGAGGAGUGCAACGAGUUCUUUGAUCUUGAUGUGGAUAAUGAUCUCAUGCCUAAUGAAGCUGGUCGAAACUUUGUGAUUGCCAAAGUUUUCCCCUCACGUGAGGUCCAAAAGAAUGGUAUCAAGCUGUCUUGGGACCUUGCUUGCUCCCUGGGAAAUCCUUCAGUAGGUUGUUCCUUGUUUUUUAGCCCCCUAUAUACAUCUCAGGCCCCAAAGGAAACUGAUAGUGUUGACAUUUUACGGGUGAUAAAAUGCAGCAAUCUUUACCUUAGUUUUGUCCCAGCUAAAGUUGGAUCUUCCAGCGAGAUUGAAUCUGAGUCUGUACACCAUCCUAUAAGAAAUGGAAUGGUUAUAGAAUCACCUAAGAGAAAUUCUUCAGUUCUGUCAGGCAGGAAUGAGUCCUAUGAUAUUGCAUCCCACAGUGGCCCUUCAUUGUGUUUGGAUCCAGCUACUGCAAGAUCAUCAUUAGCAGAUGAGAAAAUUAAUGAGUUGCUGCAGACUUGUGCAUCACGCUGGCUCAGUGGUAGGCACCUACUGAAAGCAAACUAUGUUCCCCUCCUGAUGUGUGGGAAAUUGUCUAUGUUUAUUGUUAUGGGAGCAGAAGUAGAUGGUUCUGCUCCUGAUGUGGUGCAUGAUAAAGAUAAGUUACCGUCUAAUGAAGAGAUUUCUGGUAAAUUUGGGGAAGCGCCUGUUUCAUUCCUUGUUGACAGAACCACGAAAGUGCAUCUUUCUGGUCCAGUCUGCUCAGAGGAGAUUGCCUUUGUUAAGCCAGGCCCAUCAGCACACAAUUCCUUUCGUACUGAUGCAAGAAACGGAGAUUUCAAUCACGGUCCAAGACUUGGUGGGCUAUCCAAAGAAUCAAAAGAAAUAAAAGAAAUCAUUUCAUUUUCAAUCAAAGACCAAAUUGGCUUGCAAAGGGUCAAAGAUAACCUCUGGUACAGAGGUAUCCUUCUUUCUGGUCCACCUGGAACAGGGAAAACCUCUCUUGCUACUUCUUGUGCCUAUGAUGAAGGAGUCAAUCUUUUUACAAUCAACGGACCAGAGAUCAUUAGUCAGUAUUAUGGUGAAAGUGAGCAGGCACUUUAUGAUGUUUUCAGUUCAGCUAAGCAAGCUGCCCCUGCUGUGAUAUUUAUUGAUGAAUUGGAUGCAAUUGCUCCAGAAAGGAAGGAUGGGAGUGAGGAAUUAUCCAUUAGAAUUGUUGUCACUCUGUUAAAACUGAUUGAUGCUAUGAGCCCUAGAGACCGUGUUCUCGUGAUUGCUGCAACAAAUCGACCCGAUAGUAUUGAUCCGGCAUUGAAACGCCCGGAAAGGUUGGACCGAAAAAUUGAGAUAGGAGUACCAUCUCCAGUACAAAGGCUGGACAUACUUCAACACCUUCUAGUUGGAGUUCAGCAUUCUCUCAGUUGUGAGCAACUUGAGUCCCUUGCUUCCGCUACUCAUGGUUUUGUGGGUGCUGAUCUUGCUGCCCUCUGCAAUGAGGCUGCGUUAAGUGCUCUUCGCCGUUAUAUCAGCCUAAAGAAGAGUUCUCAACAACUAGGGUAUUAUGACAAUAAUGCAGAAAAGCCUGAUAUUAGAGAGAUUAAUGAUCCUUUGGGGUAUCAAGUAAACUCAAUAGCAUCCUCUCUCUCAAAGUUAACAAUGUCAGUGGAUGAUGUCCUGUGCACCAGUAGGAGCAAUGACACAGAAAACAAUGGAUCUAGUGGCAAGAAAGAUGACUUGCUCUUGUUAGUGACCACUGAGGACUUUGAGAAGGCUAAAAUUAAAGUGAGGCCGAGUGCAAUGCGUGAGGUAUCACUUGAACUUCCAAAGAUACGAUGGGAAGAUGUUGGCGGCCAAGUGAGAAUCAAGGAGCAGUUAAUAGAAGCCAUCGAGUUGCCACAGAAAAACCCGAAAGCAUUCGAAAACAUGGGGGUCAGCCCCCCUAGAGGAUUGCUAAUGAUUGGACCACCUGGUUGCAGUAAGACAUUGAUGGCCCGGGCUGUAGCUUCCGAGGCAAAACUAAACUUCCUUGCAGUUAAGGGUCCUGAACUUUUCAGCAAAUGGGUUGGGGACUCCGAGAAGGCAGUGAGAUCACUAUUUGCAAAAGCCAGAGAUAAUGCACCAGCAAUAUUAUUUUUCGAUGAAAUAGAUGGGCUUGCAGUAACUCGAGGCCGUGAAAAUGAUAGCGUAUCAGUUGGUGAUAGGGUUCUCAGUCAAUUGCUAGUGGAAAUGGAUGGUUUGGAGCAAAGAAUUGGUGUUACUGUUAUUGCAGCCACAAAUCGCCCUGACAAAAUUGAUUGUGCACUUCUGAGACCAGGUCGUUUCGAUAGGCUGCUUGAUGUGCAACCACCAGAUGAGGCUGAUCGUGUGGAUAUUUUCCGGAUCCAUACACGCAACAUGCCAUGUAGUCAUGACGUCAAUCUAAAUGAGCUUGCUAGACUUACAGAAGGUUACACUGGCGCUGACAUAAAGCUUGUCUGCAGGGAAGCUGCUAUUGCCGCCUUAGAUGAGAACAUUGAUAUUCCAGAAGUAGAAAUUAGACAUUUCAAGUCUGCAAUUAGCAGAAUAAAGCCAUCUGAUGUUAAAUUUUACCAAGAACUGGCGGCACAGUACAGCAGAUUCGUUGAUCCUAUGUCGCAGAGUAAACAAUGAUACUUGGCAGUGGACGGUAAGGCACAUAUUUGAACCUGCCACUUUGUAGCCCAUUAGAUAUUUGUGUGUAAAUAGAGAAGCUAAGCUUUUGUUAGUUACCAGUUACGCAGAAAAAAGAAUUAGGCAACAUCACAUUUCCCCAUUGCUUCAGAGCACCUAUACUGUUUGUAGCAUUUUUACUCUUGAGAAACUUGGCCAGUGCUAGCAAUUGAGUUGUUUUCUUUUUUUUUUCUUUUUCUUUCCCUUUCCCAACUGCAUUCUUGUCCAGCAUUUUGUGUAGCUGGAAAAUUUUCUCAGAGGAGGCUACUUCUGUAAGUCCAUGAAAUUCAUGUCCAGUUGUCCAAUGGGACUCUGAACCGGCAGUGAUGACUCGGUCACUGCCGGUUUCAAUUGAACUGACAGUGAUAAUCCAACAAGUCUAGAUUUGUUUUUA